AAUAAUUCUAAAAGUGGUGGUUCUCCAUUUGUGAUUGAGACAAAUACGUCGCAAACACCCUCAAACAUGAAACAGAUCAUCAUUUUUGGUAUAUGUGUCCCUGUAUAUGUAUUAAUGCUGAUUGGGAUUAUGGGAUUUUUUCUCUGGAGACAAAAAAUGUAUAAAGGUAAAACAAAACAAAUGGAUCUUCAGAAACUAAAAGAUUUGGUCAGCAAAGGGGAGAUGACUGUCCGCCAUGUUAGAUGCAUAAUACUGGGAUGCGGCGGUGCAGGAAAAACGACACUUUUAAGAAGAUUGCAAAAUGCAAAUUUUAAGGAUCUGAAGAAAAUCAAAGUGACAGAGCUGGUUGACGUCCAUGUAAACAUCUUCGACGUAUUGGAAAAUGAAAACACAAUUCAAAGUACCAACGCCGAUAGCAAAUUACCAGCAAUUACAUUUCCAGCAGAUCUAUUAAAGAAAAAUAAUGCAACGACGCAAAUAGACGAAACAUCAUUCACAAAUGAACAACUGACUGAAGAAAGUGGACAAUAUGUUUUUAAAGAUGAUGAUCUCAGUGAAAGAGAAUCAUUAAUCAGUAACUUGAAAAACGUGGAUGAAGUUGUCGAAACAGUAUCUAAUGUAUGCAACGAGACUACAAAACAAGACGAAUCGAUACAGUUUGUCCCAAGCUGCAAGCAAUAUGAAAAAGAAGAGAAAACCAAUCCGACAGUUGCAGAAAAAAGAGCAAACAUUAAAACCCAGCCUUACAAGAGAAAACAGAUUAAUUGUUCAAAACUAACGGAUGCAGUUAAAGAUUUAUCAAUGGAAAAUCAUAUUUGUCCAAGGGUAACUUUCCUAGAUUUUGCAGGGCAAAGCAUGUACUAUGCUUUUCAUCAAAUUUAUUUCAGUCCAAAAACAUGUUACAUCUUGGUUGUGGAUAUGACAAAAAAUCUUGGUGAUAUGGUGACUAAAACAGACGAUAAAUGCUGCAGUUUAUUCAAAUCUUGGACAUAUGAAGAUUACUAUACAUAUUGGCUUAAAUCAGUCGACUGUUACAGUGACGAAGACGCCGAAGUAAUACUUGUGGGAACUCAUGCUGAAAAUUUGUCGGAAGACGAAUGUAAAAUAUUCUUUAAGAAAUUUACUGCCUCGUUUGGACAAAAUCCCAACAUUCAAAAACAUUUGCGAGAAGACCGAUGGUUUGCGAUUGGAUUUCCGAAAGAAGAAUCCAAACUAGCUGAUUUAAAAGAAAUCAAAACCUGUAUUGCUGACAUUGUAAAAGAUCGGAGGUUUUCUUAUGAAAUUCAACCAGUCUGGGGAAUAUUUGAACAUAUUAUGCAAGAGGAAAAGGAACAAAAAAUAAUUUCUAGGAAAACGUUAUUAGAUUAUAACAACGAAUUAAGCAAGGACUUUCGAUUAAAUGACGACAGCAUUACGAAAAUGUUAAUAUUUUUCCAUAGAGUUGGCAAUUUGUUAUACUUUGACGAGGGUACGUUGAGAGAAACAAUAAUACUUGAUGUCCAGUGGUUUGUAGAUGCAUUUAAAUGUAUAAUCAGAAAAGACGGGAAUAAAGCAACUACUUACUGUGAAACUGUACGAUUUCAAACAACGGGAGAAAUAACAGACAAAAACCUAACUAAAAUUUGGGAAAAAAGCAAUGAAGGACAAACAUUUAUUGCUCACAAAAAAGACAUACUGUUAUAUAUGGAAAAACUAGGAUUGUUGGCAAUAUGUGACACACUGAAAGGACAGUUGACCUCAUAUUAUGUUCCUAGCAUGAAUACAAGAAAGUUUAAAAACCGAGAGAAUGAAAUUACAAAAUCAUCAAUUCUCUGUUUUCAUUUCGAAGAACAUGGUCAACUACCAUUUCAUAGUUUUUACUGCUUAGUUGUGAAAUGCCUAAAAUUCGAUGGGUGGUCAGUUUUAAAGGAAAAAGGGGAAAACUGCUGGUAUGAAAAUGUAGCAUGUUUUACCUAUGAGAAUUGUAUUGUUGUAGUGUGUCUCUGUAAAUUCCAGAUACAAUUGCAAGUAUGGAUUCCGAAAGAAAAUGCAGAUAUUAACCCAGAGCUUCUUAGUUACAUACAAGGAUCUGUCGAAAAAACAUUAAGCGAAAGACAGGACUCUUAUGAAAUAGGAUAUAAGUGCAAGAAUGGAAUGUUAUAUGACGAGGAAGAUACUUUUUACAUAAAACAAACAAAAUUUCCUGUUACAGAACUUAGUUGCCCAAAUUGUGGAUUAGGCAAAAAACAUCAUGUCGACAACAAAAUAUGCUGGGUUCUACCAGAACUGCAAAGGCGUAGAGUGAAAGAAGAAAAUAUAACAGAGCAGUUAAGCGAGUCAAAAAAAUAUGAUAAGGAGAAUAACAGAGAAACACAAGAAGAGUCUGCACUAUCUCCUCUCAGAAUCGCUUGUGAAAAUGGACAAGACAGUAUGAUACAAUUUUUAUUAGAUGAUGGUGGGGAAGUAAAUAAACUUGACCAAGACGGACUUGGCCCGCUUUCUAUAUCUUGCCACAAAGGAUAUAACGAAUGUGUACAAUAUCUAUUGGUCAAAGGUGCAGAUGUUAAUUUACGUAAUAAUAUUGGAAACAGUCCUCUCUACAUAGCUUGUCAGGAAGGACAUCAGGACACCGUGAAGCUUUUACUGGAAAAAGGUGCAAAGAUCAAUUUAUGUAAUGAUAGUGGAGUCACUCCUCUCUACAUAGCUUGUCAGGACGGACAUCAGGAUACCGUGCACAUGUUACUGCUUAACGGUGCAGAUAUAAACUUAUGUACCAAGACUGGAACCAGUCCUCUAUUUGUAGCUUGUCAAUUCGGACAUCAGAGCAUUGUGGAACUUUUGCUUGAUAAUAAAGCAGACGUCAAUUUAUGCACCAAUUGGGAAACAAGUCCUCUCUAUGUAGCUUGUCAAUACGGACAUAAGAGCACUGCAGAACUGUUGCUGCGCAACAAUGCAGAUAUCAAUUUAUGCACCAAUUGUGGAAAAAGUCCUCUCUAUAUAGCUUGUCAAUACGGACAUCAGAGCAUUGUAAAACGUUUGCUGUACAACAAUGCAGAUAUCAAUUUAAGUAGCAAGAGUGACACAAGUCCUCUUAUCAUUGCCUGUACAAAGGGAUAUUACACAAUUAUGAAACUUUUACUGAACCAUGGUGAAGGUAUUAAUUUAUGUACUGAUAUUGGAGCCAACCUUCUCUGUAUAGCUUGUCAAUAUGGACAUUUCAGCAUCGUGAAACUUUUACUGAACAAUGGUGCCGAUGUCAAAUUAUGUACAACUGAUGGAUCCUCCCCAAUGACAACUGCUAUUGAGAAAAAACAUGAUAAUAUUGUUCAAAUUCUAAAGAAAAAACAAGUGCAGAUGAUUUGAAUUGUUUUUGUGAGUUUUAGUGUUACCAGUUUAUACACAAACACCCCACACAACAACUACUCCAAAUAUUUUUAAGCGGUGAGUUGGCAAAGAGUCUGUCAUAUUGCCGAAUAUUAAUCUCACAGGAUGGACAAAGAGAGUUAUCCGGCAGUUUAAACCAAGUGGUUGUUCGACAUUUUAGUCCGUGGGAAGAAAAAAAAAAUUAUAGUCUGUCCAAAGAUAUAUAUGCAACAUGUUUGAACAUUUUUUUGUAAACAUACACAUACUUGUGACAGAAAUGCAAUUGAAAUAGGUAAAAGUAGAAAUACACAAGAUAUCCUCAUUAAAACAGGAACUUAAACAUAUUUCUAACAGAGAUUUAUAAUGGGACAUCUUUUUUUCCAUAAAAAGUGAGUAAGUGUCUCGGAAUACCUUUCACAAUUUUUCAACGUUGCCAUCCGGGUAUUGUUUAAUGCAGAGCCCAGUAGAUUUUUUUUCUUUAUUUUUAGCCGUGUAUUGAAGCUACAGGGGGGCAAUUUAAAAAAGAAUUCUUUUAAAUUGUUCAUACUUUUGAAUUAACAUCGUUUAAACCCUGACGUAUUUUUGAAUAUCAAGUUAUGAAGUAAAAUGUGAUUCAAUGGUAUCUUUGGACAGAGUUUAGUGUACAGUAAAACUUAGUUACAAAAAGUUUUAUUGGGUACUCUUAGAGUGUAAAAAGUUAUACUUUGUGCAGACAAAUUGAAUACCACGCGUUAGCUCUUUAUGAUAAUUCGUCUGCACAUACUUGGUGUGUUCUAGGACCAACGACAUAAAAAAGGCACUCAAUCCUUAUGUUUAUAUUCAUAUUGAUGUUUAUUUGUAUGAAUUUUGUGUAUUGUCGCUUUAAAGCCAUUAUAUAUACGCUCUUACUCAGCUACAUGAAACAAGCAUCGAACAGUAAUAUUUUCAUGUUGUUUAGUUUGCUUCCACAACGAAAAAUGUAGUGCCAAAAACUUUGCAGAUAAAAAUAUUUUUGUAAAAAAUACGAAUAGAUAUGAUUUAGUGAUUAGUUUUUACAAGUACAAUUUAUCAUGUUAGUUUGAAUUUUUAAUUAAUCUUUCAAUAAUAGAUAUA